GCAACGCACAUCUUUCACAUAGCAUCGUCAUUCAAACUGCAAGUUCCGGUGGCGCACACUCUGAGCGACAUAUCUCCGGCGGCUAGAUCCCACUCUUCGGCACAUUAAUACUCAACGGGCGACUCACUGGCAUGUCGUUCCGUGCGCUCGCCAAUGGCGCCCCAGUCAUGGCUCAGCGCGCAGCUAGCUCCAUAAAAGGACCACGGAGACGUCAAGCAACAGCCGGAGGGCAAGCCCAACAGAGCACCGGUGCGCAGGCCCAAGCUUCUUCCCCUGCCGCUGCUUCACCCUCUGCCGCUGCGAAUCAAGCAUCUGGCCAGGCUGGGCAAUCACCUAGCGCAGCCGCUGCGGCCGGCUCCUCUGCGGCGAGGUCGGCAGGAUCGUCGGCAAGCGCAGGCGCUGCUUCGCCCGCAGGUUCACCAAGCGCGGCACAGAACUCCGCGCAGUCUGGGGCAGCCCAGAACGGGUCAACGAAUUCGCCUGCAGGCGGUGCGAGCGGCUCAUCAGCAGCGUCGGCUACAACAUCCAGGCCAACAGCAGGCCCCCCCUCGAAUCCGGGGGCCUUCAUUAGCAGCACGGUCCAGGGCGGCUCCGGUGGAUUAAGCCAGCCAGCGAUAGGGGCCCUAGUUGGAGGCAUCAUUGGCGGUCUGGCUCUAGUUAUUGUCGUUUUUGUGAUCUGGCGCCAGUGCCGCGGCAGGGGCGAAAAGAUUGCACCUCCACCGCCACGGGAAGUGUCGUACCGCCCUCCGACCAUGGUCGGAAAUGCUCGCCGGUCCAUGAGUAUGACAAUGAGUAGCAACCACCGCGUCAGCUCAUAUUCAACUCGUGAGUGGGAGCAGUUACUCGUGGAGGGUGCUGACACCCAAGUCAUAGGUCCACGCGCCUCGGGCACGUACAGGCAAUCGUACUACUCCGCAUACCCGGUCGACUCGCCGAACUCCUCGAUCCAGCAGGACCAGUCUCCUCGCUUCCCCUCUAAUUCAAUCCCAUCCGGAUCGCCCUCCCUCACGUCAUCUGGCGGAAAUACAACACCGCACCGCGAUGGCUCGACAGGCAGUGCGCCAUCUUCUGGGCCCGAAACCACGUCAGCGUUCCAAGAACAUGACGGCCGCCCUCUCCACCGCAUCGGCAACUCUGCUGACCAGCUGUCACCAUACGACAACAUUGCGUCCACAGACGGCUCUGAAUCGCGCACUACCGGCUCCAAUUCGCGCACCAGCUCGCCUCCUCCCUCCGUGGUUGGUCGCCUGCCCCAGCGAUCGCCUUCCAUGGGCUCGCUCGGCGGCGGCCUGCGCUACGGCCACCAGCGCGGCGCGCCCCAUCACAGGUCAAUUUCCAUCACUCUUCCUCGACCUUUGAGCCAGACCUCGAUCAACGCGCUGGACAGCAAUGUACCAACUCCGACAGGGGUAUACUACCCUCGUACCGGAUUCACGAGUAAUCGCUCGACACCUCGCACAUCGAUCCACGGCGAGCUCGGUUCCGUGCCGAUGCAGUCGUCGCCCUCCGGCCACCGCCGUGGGCUCUCCACGUCGUCGCGUGCCUCUGACAAUCGACCCGACGCGGCGCAGGUCGACAACCUGCGCUUCGAGGGACGCGAGGACAUCGUCUGAGCACGUCGCUCCAGCUCCACAUCGCAACGCGCAGCCGCGCAACUAUUUUGAUUCUCCAAAUCGCA